AUGCCUCCUUUAGAGAAUUUUAGUGAGGGAAAUAUUGAUGAGUUCUACGAUACAGUGUUAAAACUAGUGAAAUCUUGCGGAAAGCUUAUUAACGAUAAAAUCUCGAAAGCCAAAGCCAUAGAACUAAAAUCGAGCGAUAUAGAUUUGGUGACGGAGACUGAUCAACAAGUUGAGAAACUGUUGAUCGAAGGUUUAACCAGCCAAUUUCCCGACCACAAAUUCAUCGGGGAAGAGUCGGUCGCUGACGGGGCGCAAUGCGUCCUGACCGACGCCCCGACCUGGAUCAUAGACCCCAUCGACGGCACCAUGAACUUCGUGCACAGUUUUCCGCACUCGUGCAUCUCGAUCGCGCUCUUCAUCGACCAGGUGCCCGUCAUCGGGGUCAUCUACAACCCCAUGCUGAGCCAGAUGUUCACUGCGCGCAAAGGCAAGGGGGCUUUUUUGAACGGGAAAAAGAUUUCCGUCUCCGACAAAACGAACUUGUCGCAGGCGUUGAUUAUGAUGGAGUUUGGCACCAGCAGGGAUGCUGACAAGAUGAAGGCUGUCAUGGAGAACCAGCAGAAUUUAAUGCCCAGUGUGCAUGGACUGAGAGCUCUGGGCUCGGCCGCCCUCGAUAUCGCGAUGGUGGCGUGCGGCGCGGCCGACGCCUACUUCGAGUACGGCAUCCACAUCUGGGACAUCGCAGCUGGCGAGAUUUUGAUCGAGGAGGCGGGCGGGGUGGUCAUGGACCCGGCCGGCGGCGAAAUCGACCGCAUGUCGCGCCGAGUUCUCGUCGCCAGCUCUCGGCAGCUGGCCGAGCAGCUGGUGGGGAAGCUUGCGCAGUUUUACCCGCCGAGGGAUUAG